CUUCACUGUCCAUUCCAUUGUCUCUCCUCUUCUUCUUCUUCUUCUUCUUCUUCUUCUUCUUCUUCUUCGUCCUCCUCCUCCUCCUCUCAUCUCACCUUAGCCAACUUCUAUUUGUCAUAUAUACAUACACGUAUACAUACACACAUACAUAUCAUCAUUAGCUUCUGGUUCCACAGAGAGGACGAGAUAUGCUGAGGGAUCAGACAGCAUUGUGCAGGCGUUUGGUCCUCUUUGCAUUCUGCUUCGUAUCGGGCCUGAUCACGGUAGCUGCCGACAGUCCAUACAGGUUCUUUGACUGGACCGUCACAUACGGGGACAUCUACCCCCUGGGCGUUCGCCAACAGGGAAUUCUCAUCAAUGGGCAGUUUCCGGGGCCAGACAUAUACUCCGUCACCAACGACAACCUUGUCAUCAAUGUCCACAACAACCUGGCUGAGCCUUUCCUUCUCUCCUGGAAUGGGGUCCAGAUGAGGAAGAACUCGUUCCAGGACGGAGUGUAUGGGACCAACUGCCCGAUCCCUCCUGGCAAGAACUUCACGUACAUUUUCCAAGUGAAGGAUCAGAUUGGCAGCUUCUUCUACUUCCCGUCCCUUGCCUUCCACAAGGCCGCUGGUGGCUUUGGCGGCAUCAGGAUUCUCAGCAGGCCGUUGAUCCCCGUGCCGUUCCCUGAGCCUUCCGGAGAUUUCACCGUCCUCAUUGGGGACUGGUACAAGACCAAACACUCGGUCUUGAAGGCUGUUCUGGAUAGCGGGCGUCGGCUUAUGUUCCCGGACGGUAUUCUUAUCAAUGGACGUGGUCCAAAUGGUGCAUCAUUCACAGUUGAGAAAGGUAAAACAUACAGAUUCAGGAUAUCGAACGUCGGGCUUGAGCAUUCGCUGAACUUCCGAAUCCAAGGCCACCAAUUGAAGCUGGUGGAGGUCGAAGGGACACACACCGUCCAAACUACUUACUCAUCUAUUGAUGUCCAUGUUGGCCAGUCCUACUCUGUGCUUGUCACGAUGGAUCAGCCUGCUCGAGACUACUAUUUCGCAGUCUCUACUCGUUUCACAAGCAAGGUCCUUACUUCCACUGCCGUCCUUCACUAUAGCAACUCUGCCCGCCCAGUCUCAGGCCCGAUCCCCAGUGGCCCGACCACUGACAUCAACUGGUCCAUCAACCAGGCUCGAACCAUCAGGACUAAUCUCACUGCAAGUGGGCCGAGGCCAAACCCGCAGGGAUCCUACCACUAUGGUCAGAUUAACGUGACCCGCACGAUCAAGCUUGUUAGCUCAGCCGCUAUAAUCAAACGCAAGCAGAGGUACGGAGUCAAUGGAGUGUCUUUUAUCCCAGCCGUGGAUGGCACGCCCCUCAAGGUCGCAGACUACUUUGGCAUCCCCGGCAUCUUCCGAGUUGGUUCCAUCCCCGACAGCCCGACUGGCAGGGGCCUGGUCCUUGACACUGCGGUUAUGGGUUCGGACUACAGGGGUUUCAUUGAGAUCGUGUUCGAGAACCGUGAGAACAUCGUCCAGAGCUGGCACUUGGACGGCUACAACUUCUGGGUAGUCGGAAUGGAUGGCGGAAAGUGGAGCCCUGCUAGUCGUAAGGAAUACAAUCUUGUCGAUGCAGUCUCCCGUUGCACAAUACAGGUUUAUCCCAACUCCUGGACCGCCAUUUACAUCUCCUUGGACAACGUCGGGAUGUGGAACCUGAGGACCGAGUUCUGGGCCCGGCAAUAUCUUGGGCAGCAGUUCUACUUACGAGUCUUCACGCCCAUAAAGUCCCCUCGUGACGAGUACCCGAUGCCUGCAAACGCCCUCCUCUGUGGCAGGGCUGCCCACUGAUCGAACUAGGCCCGUGUAGAUGAUAUAUUUAUGCCGCAGAGGAUGUAAAUUUCUGAUCAACCCAAUACCUUGAACCAGUGAAUAAUUAGUACGGCAGAGUGACUUGAUAUAAUACCAAAACAUUCAUUCUUUCUAUUAAUGUGAUACAUUAAUAAGAGCAUCGUUUUUCGCUGUU